CUAUUUAAAACCAGUGGAGUUGGAGUAUUUUGCUAAAACUAAAUGUGAUUACGUAUACUUUCAAAAGUCCAUAGUCUAAAAAUCAAUUCUUCAAUAAUAAUACUGUAUAAUAAAUUUUAUUCCACCAAAGUAAUUAAAUAACUGUGUAAUAAAACUCAGUAAAUUUUUUAAUUUUUUUUAAUAGAACAAAAAUUAUGGCAUCGCUAUCACAGGUAGUUAGGGCUACUUUACCCAGAGCUGUACGAGCAUUUUCUACAACUUCUGCUAAAUUAGAUUCGGGUUCGGAACAUUCUAAUGGAUAUAAUUUUGAGCUCAAUGACACCCAAAAAGAAUUUCAAAAUAUUGCACGUAAAUUUGCACGUGAAGAAAUUUUACCUAUAGCUGGUGAACAUGAUAAAACUGGUGAAUAUCCAUGGAAAAUUGUUAAGAAAGCAUGGGAAUUGGGUCUUAUUAAUGGACAUAUUCCACAAGACAUCGGUGGACUUGGAAAUAGUGUAUUUGAUGGAUGUCUUGUAGCUGAAGAAUUAGCCUAUGCAUGUACGGGUAUCGCAACAGCUCUAGAAGCCACUGGUCUUGGUCAAAUGCCAGUAAUUUUAGCUGGAAAUAAAGAACAACAAAAGAAAUAUUUGGGACGUCUUUUGGAAGAACCUUUAGUAGCCGCUUAUUGUGUAACUGAGCCUAUUGCUGGAUCUGAUGUAGCCGGAAUUAAAACAAAAGCUGAAAAGAAGGGUGAUGAAUAUAUUCUUAAUGGACAAAAGAUGUGGAUCACCAACGGUGGAGUUGCCAACUGGUACUUCGUAUUAGCCCGUACAAAUCCCGAUCCAAAAUGUCCAGCUGGUAAAGCUUUUACAGGAUUUAUUGUCGAAAGAGAUUCACCCGGUUUAACUCCAGGACGUAAAGAAAUUAAUAUGGGACAAAGAGCAUCAGACACACGUGGAAUUACAUUUGAAGAUGUCCGUGUACCCAAAGAAAAUGUUCUCAUUGGUGAAGGUGCUGGUUUCAAAGUAGCUAUGGGUACAUUUGACAAAACUCGACCACCUGUAGCAGCAGCUGCUACUGGUUUAGCUCAAAGAUGUUUAGACGAAGCAUCAAAAUAUGCAAAUGAACGUAAAGCAUUUGGUGUACCAAUUAGCUAUCAUCAAGCUGUUGCGUUUCUUUUAGCUGAUAUGGCUAUUGGUGUUGAAACAGCCCGAUUAGCUUGGAUGAAAUCUGCAUGGGAAACAGAUAGAGGAAUUAGAAAUUCAUAUGCUGCAUCAAUUGCUAAAUGUUAUGCUGGUGAUGUUGCCAAUAAAUGCGCCACAGACGCUGUACAAGUCUUUGGUGGUAAUGGUUUCAAUAGUGAUUAUCCUGUUGAGAAAUUGAUGCGAGAUGCUAAAAUUUAUCAAAUUUAUGAAGGCACAGCACAAAUUCAAAGAAUUAUUGUAUCACGUGCUGUUAUUGAUAGAGCUAAAUCUUUGUAAAAAGUAUUAUUUCGCUAAAAAUUAACAAUAAUUACUCUUAAGCACAUACUCCACCUCUAACAGUGCCUUAUUUUAAUAAAUUCAUCCAAAUUGAACUUUAGCAUUAGAUAUUUCAGGAAUUGUCAACUAACUGAGAAAUCAACUUCUCUGCACUCUAAAAUCAGUUUCUAAUUGUAUAAUUUAUAUUGUACAUUGCCUUCGACGUUCCUGUAUAGAAAUUAUUAUUCUAUUA